AUUCAUCCGUGCUAGAUGAGAUUAGUAUGCUUAUCAGAAAGUAUAAGUUAGAUUCUUUAAUUGGUCCUUGCAUUACUACAAGGGAAACGUUGAGCAAGUUUGAUAUAAGAGAAGGUCAAGCUUUUGUUGAGCAUACUAUCAAUAUUAAUGAUAAAUUUGUUAAUAUUGUUCAAAGUAAACCGAACGAAUCUGCAGUUAAAG